CAGGAAAGAACAAGUUCUCUUGAGCAAAUCAUAAACAUGAGUUCUUAUAAUAGUUUUUCUCUUUGGAUUCUCUUCUCUUUGCAACUCUGUUUUAUUCUAGAUUCUGCGGAUCGCACAGUUUCCUUAUGUCAACCCGACUGUGGAGGAAUCAAGAUCCCGUACCCCUUUGGAAUGGGAAAGGGUUGUUAUCUGGAGAAGUGGUACGAAAUUACUUGUAAUACCUCUACUUCUGGAAAGCUCGUCCCUUAUCUUUCCGUGAUCAACAAGGAAGUUGUGGGUAUCUCUCUUCCGACUGAAGGCAGGGGUUCUAGAUAUAACAAUCCAUACCAGUCCGUUAACAUUAAAAACCCAAUAGCCUCAAAGGAGUGCUCAAGCAAUGGAGAAGAGCUUGGAUCACUUUUGAAUUUGACGGGUACCCCUUUUUAUGUUAGCCAGCACAAUGAACUGGUAGCGGUUGGUUGCAACAACACGGCAUCGCUGACAAAUGUGAAGCCAAGCAUAGUGCAAUGCACAUCAAGCUGCAGCACAAAACCCCAUACGCAUAUCAAAGAUUAUCUUGCAGUACUAAAUUGUCAGAAUUACAAUGGCUACGAGAAGAAUUGUAAUGAGGACAGCAGUAUGGAUGAAAGCAUUAUGGAUGAAACAAGCUGCAAUGGUAUUGGAUGCUGCAAUGCAUACAUGCGCGGCGGUAGUAUUCAACAGAUUGUUGGUGUCACAAUAGAAAACACCAUAACGAGAGGGUGCAAAGUUGCCUUCUUGACAAACAAGGCAGAAUAUUUGUCUAAUAAAUCUGAUCCGCAAAAGCUUCAUGCUAGAGGAUACAGUACGGUCGAGCUAGGAUGGUUUAUCCAUACGACGAAUCAUUCGUUUAUAAAGUCUCUGGGAUGCUAUAGUGUAAAAGAGUACAACAAUGAAAGAUACACUAGUACCCAGAGAAGAAUUAACAUAACAAGUUGUAUAUGCGAUGACAAUGCUUAUCUAAGCUAUGCAAGAUGCUCAUGCACUAGGGGUUUCCAAGGCAACCCAUACCGUUUAGGCGGAUGCAAAGAUAUCAAUGAAUGUAAAGAAGAAGAGGGCAUGACUUACUGUGGGACCAACAAAUGUGUCAAUUUGCAAGGACACUUUAAAUGUGUGUACAACAAUCAUCGGCCACUUGCUAUAGGGCUUGGUGCUAGUUUUGGCUCAUUGAUCUUUGUUGUUGGAAUAUACUUGUUAUACAAAUUUAUUAAAAAGCAAAGGAAGUUAAACCAAAAGAAGAAGUUCUUCAAGCGUAAUGGUGGUCUAUUGUUGCAACAACAAUUGAUUUCAACAGUAGGCAUGGUCGAAAAGACAAUAGUGUUCAGUUCGCGAGAGUUGGAGAAAGCUACUGAAAACUUCAGUUCAAACAGAAUACUUGGCCAGGGUGGUCAAGGUACAGUGUACAAGGGAAUGCUUGUCGAUGGAAGAAUCGUUGCAGUAAAAAAGUCCAAAGUCGUGGACGAAGACAAGCUAGAAGAGUUCAUCAAUGAGGUUGUCAUUCUUUCACAGAUCAACCACAGGAACAUCGUGAAACUCUUGGGAUGUUGCCUUGAGACAAAAGUCCCUGUUCUCGUCUACGAGUUUAUUCCUAAUGGUAACCUUUUCGAACAUCUUCAUGAUGAGUUUGAUGAAAACAUUAUGGCUACUUGGAAUAUACGUCUCCGCAUUGCUAUAGAUAUUGCAGGAGCUCUCUCAUACUUGCACUCGUCUGCAUCGUCUCCAAUCUAUCACAGAGACGUCAAGUCUACAAACAUAAUGUUGGAUGAGAAAUAUCGAGCCAAGGUGUCUGAUUUUGGAACGUCAAGAACGGUGACAGUGGAUCAUACCCACUUGACAACGGUAGUUUCAGGUACGGUGGGAUAUAUGGAUCCAGAGUACUUUCAGUCUAGCCAAUUCACAGACAAAAGUGAUGUCUAUAGCUUCGGGGUCGUGCUAGUGGAGCUAAUAACUGGAGAAAAGUCGAUUUCUUUCUUGAGGUCUCAAGAAAACAGGACAUUGGCAACUUAUUUCAUUCUUGCAAUGAAAGAAAACAAACUCUUCGAUAUUAUCGAUGCUCGAAUAAGAGAUGGUUGCAUGUUGAGUCAAGUGACUGCAACGGCAAAAGUUGCAAGGAAGUGUCUCAAUCUGAAAGGGAGAAAACGACCAAGCAUGAGAGAAGUGUCGAUGGAGCUUGAUAGUAUUCGUAUGCCUUGUGGAGAUAUGCAACUGCAAGAAUGUGUUAGCGAAAACGAGGAAGGGGAAGAACAAAACAAAGGACUUGUGGAAGAUAUCAUGAGGGCAGAAUCAAGGAGCAAAGAGUUUGUUACCGCUCCAGCUUCUCACUACAAUAAUAUUGCUGCUGCCUCAUCUUCUUCGUGGUCAGAUGUUGAACCAUUGUUUCCUCUUCAAACACGGUAAAACUUCAUCUUCGAACACGACCGUAUAAUAUCUUGUCUUUGCUUUUAUAUUUGUUUUCGGUGUUUUGCAAGUGUCUGUAAUAAGGAAUCUUGUUUGUAUCCAUUUCCAAACAAAAAAGAAAACACGAAAAUAAUUUUA